AUAAUGAAUAUAUUGUAGUUCUCAAAACAAAAUCUCCAGAAGAAGCACAGGAACAAUUCAAAUCUUUUGGACAAUGCUUUGGAUUAUCUCUUCCAUUAGCUGAUUUACUCUCGGAUGAAUCUAUGGGAGAUAAAUGUAUUAAAUCCGCAAGUUUAAAUAUACCUUCGACAUCUGACCUUCCUAAUAUAAGUGAUAACAAGUAUUUUAGAGAUCUUAGUUUUGUUAGUAAUUUUUUUGCAUUUAGUGGAUAUUAUAAUCCUGAUGUUGUCAAGGCGUUAUCAGAAUGGGAUGUUGUUCAUCUAGUUAGUGAUGGUAUUGACAUUGCACAUCCAGAAUUUGAAGGUAGAGCAAAAUUAGGAAAAUCUGUAUGUACUGGCUGUCCGCCAUGUGCUUUUGAUGAUCAUGG